AUGGGAGGGUUAAUGGAAUCGGGGCCAGUCGGGCUGGGCUGGGCUGGCCGGCCACGGGGUGCUGGCUGCCCCGGCAGUGGGGAAAUCAGAGGGCAGGCGCAGCCGGCCCCAGCAGACGCAUCCAGCUCUAGGCCUGCCUGCGCUCCGCCCUGCAGCCGGAUGGCCCUGAUCAGAGGAGGCCCGGUCCUGGCCAUGCUGCUGGUUUCCUGGGCAGCGCUGGGCCCUUGUGGCCUGCAGGCAGCAGAGCCCGGGGUUCCAGGGGCCCCCGAGAGCCUGCAGUGCCCGGCCGCCUGCACCUGCGGCCACGACGACUACACAGACGAGCUCAGCGUCUUCUGCAGCUCCCGGAACCUCACGAGGCUGCCCGACGGCAUCCCGGCCUGCGCCAGGGCCCUGUGGCUGGAUGGCAACAACCUGUCCUCCAUCCCUGAGGCGGCCUUCCAGAACCUCUCCAGCCUGGGCUUCCUGAACCUACAGGGCAGCGGGCUGGCCAGCCUAGAGCCGCGGGCGCUGCUCGGCCUGCAGCAGCUCCGCCACCUACACCUGGAGCGGAACCAGCUGCGCAGCCUGGCGGCCCACACCUUCCUACACACGCCGGGCCUGGCCUCGCUCGGCCUCAGCAACAACAUGCUGGGCCGGGUGGACGAGGGCCUCUUCCGGGGCCUGGCCGACCUCUGGGACCUGCACCUGGGCUGGAACGGCCUGGCCGUGCUCCCCGAUGCCGCCUUCCAGGGCCUGGCCAGCCUGCGCGAGCUGGUGCUGGCAGGUAACAAGCUGGCCUACCUGCAGCCCCCGCUCUUCUGUGGCCUGGGGGAGCUCCGGGAGUUGGACCUGAGCAGGAACGCCCUGCGCAGUGUCAAGGCCAACGUGUUCGUCAAGCUGCCCAAGCUGCAGAAGCUCUACCUGGACCACAACGUCAUUGCUGCCGUGGCGCCCGGCGCCUUCCUGGGCAUGAAGGCGCUGCGCUGGCUGGACCUGUCACACAACCGCGUGGCCGGCCUCCUGGAGGACACCUUCCCCGGCCUGCUGGGCCUGCACGUCCUGCGCCUGUCACACAAUGUCAUCGCCGGCCUGCGGCCGCGCACCUUCCGAGACCUGCACUUCCUGGAGGAGCUGCGGCUCGGCCACAAUCGCAUCCGGCAGCUGCCUGACAAGGCCUUCGAGGGCCUGGGCCAGCUGGAGGUGCUGACACUCAACGACAACCAGAUCCGCGAGAUCGAGGCGGGUGCCUUCGUCGGCUUGCUCAGCGUGGCCGUCAUGAACCUGUCCGGGAACUGCCUGCAGAGCCUCCCCGAGCGUACCUUCCAGGGCCUGGGCCGGCUGCACAGCCUCCACUUGGAGCGCAGCUGCCUGGGCCGUAUCCUCCCACGCACCUUCGCUGGCCUGUCGGGGCUGCGGCGGCUCUUCCUCAAGCACAACGGCAUCACAGCCGUGGACGAGCAGGGCCUGUGGGGGCUGGCGGAGCUGCUGGAGCUGGACCUCACGGCCAACCGGCUCAUGCACCUGCCGGCGCGGGCCUUCCAGGGCCUGGGCAAGCUGGAGUACCUGCUGCUCUCGGGCAACCAGCUGGCGGCGCUGGCGGCCGACUCCCUGCGGCCCCUGCGGCGCCUCUUCUGGCUGGACCUGUCACACAACCGCCUGGAGGCGCUGCCGGACAGCGAGCUGGCCGAGCUGGGGCAGCUGCGCUACCUGAGCCUCACCAACAACUCCCUGUGGACCUUCACGCCGCCGGCUGCCGGCCUGGAGCGCCUCUGGCUUGGGGACAACCCCUGGGACUGUGGCUGCGCGCUCGGUGCCCUCAGGGCCCUGGCUCUGCAGGAGCCGGGUGUCGUGCCGCGCCUCGUCCAGGCUGCGCCCGAGGGGGACGAUGGCCAGCCGCCCAUCUACGUCUCCAACAACAUCACCUGCGCCGGCCCCCCGGGUGUCUCGGGCCUCGACCUGCGUGACGUCGCCGACGCCCACUUUGCUCAGUGCUGAGCAAGGCUGGGCCCGGCUGGUGGCCCCUGGGGGCAAAGUGGGCCCUCGGUGUCCCCCUUGGCAGACACGACACUGCCCCGGGGGCCUGGUCCCUGACCGAUGGAUGGGGAUGGGGUGGAAGGGAGGGGCCACCACACAUCCUCAGGGUCCCAGCCGUUGUUUAUUAAAAGCCAUCUGACACAAGCGUGUGACCCCGGGGCAUAGCUGGGGGUGGGUGGUGGGUGAAGGAAAGCUCUGCCCUGUGGCCGCCACCCCACAGCCCUCCAAAGAUGCCUACCCAUGCCUGAGGGGCGGCAGCGCCCCCUUCCCGGUGUUCGGAGCCCCUGGUCCUGCGAAGGUGGCACAGCUGGGCCCCCCCAUGCCCCUGCCCUCUCCCUCUGACCAGGAAGCAUCAGUCUGCGCCCCCCUGCCCCAGUCCCUCCCGGCCUCCUGCACCUUGUCCCCUUUCCUGCCCAGCUCUGCCGGCCGCCGCGGGGAGGGUGUGGGGGCCAUGGGGCUGAGCCCCCCAGGGGCACGUGAGUCCUCAGCACCAUGCCCUCUGCAGUCUACCCCUCGCUCAA